AUGAAACCUGCUCUUGGACUCUCCUCAAGAGUUGAAGAAGAUGCUAAAACCAAAUGCAUAGAGAGGGAGAGACAAGCUCUCCUCCAGUUUAAAGAUGCUCUUAUAGAUAAUUAUGGUAUUCUCUCUUCUUGGGGGAGCGAAGAAGAUAAAAAAGAUUGUUGCAAAUGGAGUGCAGUUGGGUGCAACAACCACACUGGUCAUGUCACCAUAAUCGAUCUUCAUGGCUCGUACAAUUAUUCUCUCCAUGAAUAUCAGCUACUGAGAGGUAAGAUUAGUCCUUCAUUGAGGAACCUUUCUAACUUGCAGUAUCUUGAUCUUCGCUACAAUUAUGGUCUAAGGUGCGAAAAUCUUGAGUGGCUUUCUCAUCUUUCUUUAUUAAGUCACUUGGACCUUAGUGAUGUUAAUCUCAGCAAAGCAAUCGACUGGGUUCAAUCUAUCAAUAAUCUCCCUCUCCUAAAAGAGUUAAGGUUAUCUUAUUGUACACUUCCUACUAUCACUACUCAUCCCUCACUUCAUUUUAAUUCUUCUGCGUCUCUUUCUAUACUUGAUCUGUCUCAAAAUGAUCUAUCUUCUUCAAUAUACAGUUGGUUGUUCAACUUUAGUAGUAGCCUUAUUGAUAUAGACCUUUAUUAUAACCAGUUAAAAGGUCCGAUUCCUGAUUCUUUUGGAGGCAUGAUUUCCCUAACAAAUCUCAAUCUUAGUUUCAAUCAUUUUGAAGGUGCCCUUCCAAAAUCCUUUGCAAAUUUAAGUCGUUUGCAAUCCUUACAUCUGGGUGGAAACAAUUUAACUGAAGAACUUCAUCAGUUCCUUCAAAAGUUGUCUGGGGCAGAGGACUCAUUACAGGUUUUGGAUGUGGAUUACAAUCAACUUAGUGAAACUUUUAGACAGCUUCCUAGUCUUGUUUCUCUUCAGUUGUAUGGAAACCAAAUUAUAGGGUCACUGCCUGACCUUUCAAUGUUUCCAUCAAUGACGGAGUUAGACCUUCGAAACAAUCAAUUGAAUGGUACUAUACACAGAAAUAUUGGACAACUUUCCAAGCUUGAGUUUUUCGAUGUCUCUUUCAAUUCAUUAAAAGUCAUACUGUCUGAAACUCACUUUUCUAAUAUGUCCAGUCUGAAGCAUUUGUCAUUUUCUUCAAACACAUUAACUUUUAAUUUCAGUUCGGACUGGGUUCCUCCUUUCCAACUUGAUGUCAUAUAUUUAUCAUCUUGUAAGUUAGGGCCUCAUUUUCCAAAAUGGCUUCAAACACAAAAUAACUUCGCUUGGCUUGAUAUCUCAAGUAAUGGAAUUUCAGAUAAUGUUCCUAGUUGGCUUUGGGAUCUAUCCCCAAGUUUAGGAUAUUUAAAUCUCUGUAACAAUCUAAUCAAAGGCUUGUUGCCUGAUCUAUUAUUGAAGUAUCAUGGUUAUCUUAGUAUAGAUUUAAGUUCAAAUCAUUUUAUGGGUCCAAUACCACUAGUUCCUCCUAAUGUAACACUUUUGAAUCUCUCCAAAAAUAAGUUCUCAGGUUCACUUUCUUUCUUAUGUGCAAUUAGGGGUACAGAGCUCACCUAUCUUGACCUCUCAAAUAACUCACUAUCAGGAGAGCUUCCAAGCUGUUGGGUGCACCUCAAAGCACUAUCCAUCAUUAAUUUGGCAAACAAUAAUUUGUACGGGAAAAUUCCGAGCUCAAUGGGUUCCCUAGGCCAGAUUGAAACUUUGCACUUGUGCAACAACAAUUUCUCUGGGGAAGUUCCUUCUUCAUUAAAGAGAUGCACAAAGUUAAUAAUGAUUGAUCUGGAGGAAACAAACUCACAGGAAAAAUACCAGCAUGGAUAG